AAAGUAUCUUCGUCGUCUUUUCCUUUCUGCUCAACGUCCACCUCCACCAGUGAAUGGAAUCUCCCAUCCACAUCAUCCUCAAUGAGCCCAACGGCCAGCGCAGCGACGCUUCUCCAACCAGCACAGAGCAGUCAGAGCACGAGCACGACGAGGACGAUAUAUUCGGGAACAAGUACAACGCCCUUGCUCGGGACGAUGCUCAUGCUCGACGACGUCUGCUGGGUGGUGAGGAGGUGAGGCGCAUUGUGAGGGCCAGCAACUGGAGCGUUAUCAGGCGUAUCUUGCUUGAGACCUGCCCUACCCUCCUCUUCACUACUAUUGGCAUGGUAUUCGCCGGUGAGCUGCUCGAGCAGAUAGCGGGAUGGAAGGCAUUCCGCACCGUCGACGAGUUGCUCAUCCUCGUUCCCAUCCUCAUCAACCUCAAGGGAAACAUCGAGAUGAACCUCUCUGCUCGACUGUCGACAUCGGCAAACAUAGGCGCACUCGACACCGCAAAGGCCAGGCGUGCACUUGUAGUUGGCAACUUGUGGCUCCUGCAAGUCCAGGCACUCGCUGUCAGCGCCGUCGCAGCCGCCGUCAGCUUCGCACUGGGUGCAGUGGGGAAGAGCAAAAGGAAAGUGAAUAAGAUGCUGAGUCGGUCCGGUUUCCUCGAGUUCACCACCGUCCUCUCUUGCGCACUCAGCGCCGCCUCCCUCAGCGCCGUCAUCCUUGGAUCCUUCAUGUGCGCCCUGGUCCUGCUCUGCCGUCGCUGGCAGCUCGACCCAGACAACAUCACCUCGCCCCUCGCCGCUUGUCUAGGAGACCUGCUCACCCUCUCCCUUCUGGCGCUACUUGCCAGCGUCCUACUACCCAUCGUGCGUACUCCCCUCCCAGCCCUAUUCUCCAGCGCAUUCCUGCUCGUCGCCUUCCUGGCCUUCCUCCGCACGCGCAAAAACCCCGACGUCCGCGCACUCCUCUCCGACGGCUGGUCAGCACUCUUCGCCGCUAUGCUCAUCUCCGCAUGUGCGGGCAUGCUCCUGGACUGGUUUGUGAGAGACUACGAAGGCUUCGGUAUGAUGGCGAUCGUCAUUGGCGGACUGCCAGGCUCGGUAGGCUCGGUAUUCGUCAGCAGGCUAUCGACAGCCCUGCAUUCCGCAGCGGAGGAAGCAGCUGCCUCUGACCCCGAGUCGACAGAAGAUGGCAGCAGCAGCGGGGUCUACCUCAAGCUGGAAGGCAAGACCGAGCGAGCGAGAGAACGGCCGGUCGUCGUGGGCCUUACCCUGCUGGCAGUGAGCUUGCCUGUUGCAUUGCUCUAUCUGGCAUUCGUCUGGGUCAUGGGGUGGAUGUCGCUCCCUCCCAUAUUUGUCCUAUUCUUCGUUCUGGGCUUCAUCAUCACCACCGCCCUCUCCCUCCUGGCGGCAUACGCCCUCACCCACCUCUUCUGGCGUUUCUCGCUCGAUCCUGACACGUACUGCCUCCCCUUGCAGAGUAGCCUCGUCGACCUCAUCGGGCCUGCUAUUCUCGUGCUGUGCUACGAGAUGGCGGAGGAUGCGGGUGCGCAGGUGAUUGGUCGACACCAGUAGUGGAGCGGGUUCUGUGGUUGUUUCCUUUCCUUUUCGUCGUAGUGAAGUGGGAUGAGCCUCUAUAUGCA